AUGGCGGGGGAACGCAGCGGCAACCUAUGUACCUGCUGCACAAGCUUCAUCACCAGCACAGGCCUCAUAAUCCUCUUCCUCUGGCUCACACUCCGAACUCAACAACCCAAAUGCUUCAUCCAAUCACUCUACCUUCCCUCUCUCAACAAAACCAUCACUUCAAACCACAAACACUCCAACAACAAAACCAUUAUCUUCAACCUCAAAGUCACCAACACAAACAAAGACAAAGGUGUCCUAUACGACACCGUUCGUCUUACAUUCGCCCUCUUCCUCGACGCCAACACCACGCGCCCACUCGCUAACACCACUCUCGAACCUUUCUACCAAGGACAUGGUAGGACCACCGAGAAAUGGAGCUCCGCUGAAGCACAUGGCGGUGGACUGAACCGCACGGUGAACGGAAGCGUCUUCAUCCGCGUGGAUUUUGCCACGCGCGUUAACUAUAAGAUUAUGCUUUUUUAUUCUAAACGACACCGUUUGUCUGGAGGGGCAAAUGUGGAAGUUAAUGCUAGCACCGGGGAGAAAGUGGACCCCAAACGAAUCAGGCUCGGUAAUACUCCGCCUUGGGUCGGGUCCGAAGCUGCCCCGAUUCGUGUACGAUGGAUUGCUCUUUCUACCCUUUUAGUUUCUCUAUGCUUUUAUUUGACUUACUAA